AGUAUGCCAUUGCUCUCAUAGCGGCUGUUCUGUUUAGUGAACUCUUAUUCUUAUAGUUUUGUUCGAAUCAGGUAACCCAAAACUGUUUGCCAUUAAAUGGGCCGGUCUUUAAACGUAGUAACUUCAACUCGGGAUGAGCCAUACAAGAUUUGGCGUUUGGCGACAUAUCCUUGAUGACCUUGCUUUCCGCCUACAUCGUAUCAAAUGAAUUCCCUGAUGACAACCUUUCUGAGAUCCUAUCCAGACUCACUGUCAAGUCCCUACUUCGGUUCAGCUCUGUCUCUAAACCAUGGCUUUCUCUCAUCAACAAUCCAGCAUUUGUGAAACUUCACUUUACUCAUUCUGCAGCUAACUGCCACACAGCCAUAUUCAUUGCGGCUUUCGAUCCAUGGACACAAAAACGACAUUUUAUCUCAGUUCCUCAUCAUGGUGGACCUGUCACUCAUCUUAUCACACUCAACGAUGCUUCUUCUAAUAACAAGAGAGAAUUCACAGAAGCCGAACAUCUCAAUGGGUUAGUGUUAUUUACUUCAGGAAAUGGAUUUAUUGAGAACAAUUUUGCUUUUGUUGUAAACCCCAGCACUCGUAAGGUUUACAAACUUCCUGGUCCGGCUUCUGUGCCGUUUUACAAUUAUGGUGAGGUGCAUAUUUGCUACUUCUUUGGAUUCGACGAGUCAAAAAAUGAACAUAAGAUUUUGAAUAUCAGAAUGCUUGGGAUUCGAUCAUUAAGACCAUUUAAACCGACUACUGUAGAGAUUAUGAUUUUCUCUAUGUCAACCCAUUUAUGGAGAAAGAUAGAUGUGGAUCUUCCUUUUGAUGUUAGUGGUGAGCAUUGGUACCUUGGUACCAAACAUAGUAUUUGUGUUCAUAGCGUAAUACAUGUGAUGCUUCAAAGUCAGAACGAGAUUUUGGCUUUUGAUUUGAGAAAAGAGAAGUUUGAGAUAGUGAAUCUUCCUCUGGAUGCAGUUCCCCGUGAAACGUUGAAACGGUACUAUAGGAAAGGUGUGAAUAUGGUGAAAUCCAACCAGCCUUUCCUCAUGAAAAUUAAUGGCUUAUUAGGAGUUGUUUGUCAUAAUCAGGUGAGGGAAACCAACGAAUUGCAUAUCUGGAUACUACAAGAUUAUGAAAAUCGUGUUUGGGGCAGAGAAACCAUUACUUUCUCCAAGUCUUGGUUUUUAUUAGAUGGCCCUUUCCCUUUAAAUCCAAUGUUACCAAAGGACAUUAUAUAUCCCAAUAGACGAUUGUCUACGGAUGUGAUCAAUGUACCCAUCUAUGACAUGGAGAAUAGAAGUAUGACUCAAGUAGCAUUCACUCUCGGUCAUGAAUUUCUCCAUUCUGGUAGCCUUCGGUUUGAUCUUGUUAGGAGUUAUGUCGAAAGCAUCUGGCCUUUAUAGAGGACUUCAUGAUCCUAUGGAGGUUCACCAAUCCAAUCAAUCAGGUAAAAUGCUGUAUUUUUUAGUUUAAGUUUUGUUGUUUGUUAAGGUGACUAGUGAAAUUAAAUUUAUUAGUCAAGGAAACUAUAUAUUGUAAUGUCGGGGUAUAUUAUUCGAUUUUAACUUUUGGUUGUGACUCAUCGUAAUAUAUGUCCAAGUUCUUGCGAA